UCUCGCCGCCGGUACCUGCAGCAUGGACUCGGACUCCGGGGAGCUCAGCGAAGGCGAGCUGGUCUCACCCGCAGGUCCUGAUUGUUUCAGUUCCAAGAACCUUGCACUGCAAGCCCAGAAAAAGAUCCUGAGUAAAAUGGCAACCAAAACCAUGGCUAACAUGCUGAUUGAUGACACCAGCAGUGAAAUCUUUGACGAGCUAUACAAAGUAACAAAGGAGCACACCAGAAACAAAAAAGAAGCUCAUAAAAUUAUGAGGGACCUGAUUAAAGUGGCAAUAAAAAUUGGGAUCCUCUACCGAAAUAAUCAGUUCAACCAAGAAGAGCUGGAAAUUGUAGACAAGUUCAGGAAGAAGCUGAACCAAACUGCCAUGACAAUUGUCAGUUUCUAUGAGGUAGAAUACACUUUUGACAGAAAUGUUCUUGCAGAACUUCUGAAUGAAUGCAAAGAUCUUGUGCAUGAACUAGUAGAUCGGCACCUGACACCAAGAUCCCAUGGGCGUAUCAACCACGUCUUCAAUCAUUUUGCAGAUGUGGAAUUUCUGACUGCCCUGUACAGCCUUGAUGGGGAUUGUCGGCCUUACCUCAAAAAGAUUUGUGAUGGUAUCAACAAACUACUUGAUGAGAAAGUCCUUUGAACCUUCACUUAAAGAAGCCAACCAAAAACUUCUAUCUGUACCUGGCCACUCUUCAUGAGCUGUGAUGAGCAUGUGGGCUUCCUUCUCACCAUUCUCUUAGCACAGUCUCCAGCAGGAGCCAGAACGUGCUCACUUGGCUCAUGAUGAGGCAGAAAAUUUAAAUCAGAAAGCUAUCAAUUUAAUGUUUUGUUCACAGAAAAAAAUCAAUUUUUGCAAGGAGUGGAGUGAAAGUUUGCUGGUAUACGCUUUUCAGAAACAGAUUGCUACUGACCACAGUCUUAAUAGCUUUGUGUUGGAAUUCUAGUAUGUGAAAUGAAGCUAAACUCAAAUGCAUGGCUGUGUGAAAAUAGAUGGGAAAAGGCAAGAAAGCAUGCAUAGAAUUUAUCCUACGCUGCCCCAUGUGUACAUUUAUUAUUGCCACAGCAAUCGAAAAGGCUGAAGACAAAGUAGAUCUACAAAGGAUUAAGCUCGCUGUUUUCUGGAAUCAAUGCAAGAGUGCACCUCUGAUUUUCUAUGAUUUUUCAUAUGAUGCAAGUCUAACAGUAGCUAUCAAGUAAUGCAAAUUGAGUAGAAGCAUGAGAAAGUUUUAAAA